UCCAAGCCGGGCUGGCGUGGAGUCUGAGGCAGGGCUGGCAGAGCACCUGAAGGAGGGCAGGCACGAAGGCUCUGCUGGAACCUCUGCCUGCAAGGAGGCAAUGGAGAAAUCCCGGCCGCUAUGGGACAACCCCCUGCAGUUCAUUUUUGCCUGCAUUUCCUAUGCUGUGGGGCUAGGAAAUGUGUGGAGGUUUCCAUACUUGUGUCAGAUGUACGGAGGAGGUGGCUUUUUGAUCCCGUAUUUGAUCAUGCUGAUUGCUGAGGGGAUGCCACUGCUCUACCUGGAGCUGGCCGUGGGGCAGCGCAUGCGUCAGGGCAGCAUCGGUGCCUGGAAAAUCAUAAGUCCCUACCUCUGUGGUGUCGGCGUUGCCAGUGUCAUCGUCUCCUUCUUCCUCUCCAUGUACUACAAUGUGAUCAACGCCUGGGCCUUCUGGUACCUCUUCCACUCCUUCCAGGACCCUCUGCCAUGGGCCACUUGCCCCCUGAACAUCAACCGCACCGGCUAUGAGGAAGAAUGUGAGAAGACAUCAUCUACCCAGUACUUCUGGUACCGGCAGACCCUCAACAUCUCUCCGUCGCUGGAGGACAGCGGCAGCCUGCAGUGGGAGCAGGCGCUCUGCCUGACACUGGCCUGGCUGGUGGUCUACCUCUGCAUCCUCCGCGGCACGGAGUCCACUGGCAAGGUGGUCUAUGUAACAGCCUCUUUGCCAUACUGCGUUCUCAUUAUAUACCUCAUCAGAGGAUUAACACUUCAUGGAGCUGUGAAUGGGCUUGUCUACAUGUUCACACCAAAGCUGGAACAGCUGGCAAACCCCAAGGCAUGGAUCAGUGCUGCCACACAGAUCUUCUUCUCUCUGGGCCUGGGCUUUGGCAGCCUCAUCGCCUUCGCUAGCUACAACGAGCCCAGCAACAACUGCGAGAGACACGCCGUCAUCGUCUCGCUCAUCAACAGCACCACCUCCAUAUUUGCCAGCAUCGUCACCUUCUCCAUCUAUGGCUUCAAGGCAACGUUUAAUUACGAGAGCUGUAUAAACAAGGUGAUCCUGCUGCUGAUUAACGCUUUUGACCUGGAGGAAGGCUCUUUAACAGCAGACAACCUCAAGGAGAUGAAGGACUACCUCAUGGCCAAGCACCCACGGGAAUACACACAGUUACUGCCGCAGCUGAAAAACUGCAGCUUGGAAGCUGAACUAGAUACAGCUGUCCAGGGGACCGGACUGGCCUUCAUAGUCUAUUCUGAAGCAAUCAAAAACAUGGAGGUGCCCCAGCUAUACUCCGUGCUCUACUUUGCCAUGCUGAUGCUGGGGAUCGGCAGCAUGCUGGGGAACACCGCCGCCAUCCUCACGCCGCUGACUGACAGCAAGGCCAUUGCUGCCCGGUUCCCCAAGGAGGUGAUCUCAGGUGCUGUGUGCUUUAUUAACUGUGUGAUUGGCCUCAUCUUCACCAUGGAGGCUGGAAAUUACUGGUUUGACAUAUUCAACGACUAUGCAGCCACCCUCUCACUGCUGCUCAUCGUGCUGGUAGAGACCAUUGCUGUGUGCUACAUCUACGGGAUAAGAAGAUUUGAGAAAGAUCUUUACACCAUGAUUGGACGCAAGCCAAACUGGUAUUGGAAAAUUAUGUGGGCUUUUGUUAGUCCUUUGCUAAUUAUAAGCCUAUUUAUAUUUUACAUCACCGACUAUAUCCUCACAGGAACACUGCAAUACCAAGCAUGGGAUGCCACACAGGGGCAGUUGGUGACAAAGGAUUACCCAAGUUAUGCCCUUGCAGUAAUUGGGCUGCUGGUGGCAGCAUCCACCAUGUGCAUCCCCCUGGGGGCUCUAAUAACUUUUAUAAGGAAGAGACUGAAGAGGGAAAGUGUUUCAACCGUUGCAUGAACACCAACAGCUGGAUUUGGGAAGACCUUCCCCCCAUCAUCAGUGAGCGGGCACUUCUGGAAGACAGCAGCAACCAUUACU